AUGGACUGGGGGACCCUGCACACUGUCAUCGGUGGCGUGAACAAGCACUCCACCAGCAUAGGGAAGGUGUGGAUCACGGUCAUCUUCAUUUUCCGAGUCAUGAUCCUAGUGGUAGCUGCCCAGGAAGUGUGGGGUGACGAGCAGGAGGACUUUGUCUGCAACACUCUGCAGCCAGGGUGCAAGAACGUCUGCUACGACCAUUUCUUCCCGGUGUCUCACAUCCGGCUCUGGGCCCUGCAGCUGAUCUUUGUGUCCACGCCAGCCCUGCUGGUGGCCAUGCACGUGGCCUACUACAGACAUGAAACUGCCCGGAAGUUUAGACGAGGGGAGAAGAGGAACGAGUUUAAAGACCUGGAGGACAUCAAACGGCAGAAGGUGCGCAUUGAGGGCUCCCUGUGGUGGACAUACACCAGCAGCAUCUUCUUCCGCAUCAUCUUCGAAGCCGCCUUCAUGUACGUGUUCUACUUCCUCUACAAUGGGUACCACCUGCCCUGGGUGCUGAAAUGCGGCAUCGACCCCUGCCCCAAUCUCGUGGACUGCUUUAUUUCCAGGCCAACGGAGAAAACGGUGUUCACGGUUUUUAUGAUUUCUGCCUCUGUGAUUUGUAUGCUGCUCAAUGUGGCCGAGCUGUGUUACCUGCUGCUUAAAUUGUGCUUUAGGAGAUCCAAAAGAACACAGGCACAGAGAAACCACCCCAACCAUGCCCUGAAAGAGAGCAAGCAGAAUGAAGUGAAUGAGCUCAUCUCAGAUAGCGGUCAGAAUGCCAUCACAAGUUUCCCAAGUUAA